AUGGCAGGAACAGAGACGGAAGCAUCGCAUCAUCGUCAGCAAGCAAACACAGACGACGAGAGAGAUGCGAAUGGCGUCGUGGAUCGAAGUCUGCCUUCUUCGUCUGCUCCCCUGCAAAGCGACUUAACCCUGAAUGCGGCCAAGUUUCGCCCGUCCGCCAUCACACCCGAGACGAGGGCCUUUAACCGACACCUCCAGGAGAUCGAGGCGGGCACACGGAAAUGGUACGAGGUCGGCGCAGCAGAAUACCGACUCAUGCGGAAAAAAGGCCUCACGCCCCUCCCUGCGGCGACUUUGCUGCCGACUGCGUCUCCAUUCAGCGUGCCCUCUCGAGACCCCGAUCGAGAGAUCCCGUGUCGUGUUCUGAGGCCCCAACCCCGUCGGGGCCAGAACCACGCUCCAGUCCGUGGCCUGCUCCUGCACAUCCACGGCGGCGGGUGGGUGCUCAACGACGAAGCCUCGUCCGAUGUCUACCUCCAGGAGAUCGCGGACCGGUGUGGUCUCGUCUGCCUGUCUGUCGGAUACCGCGUCGCGCCGGAGCAUCCGUAUCCUGCUGCGCCUAACGACUGCUUCGACGUUGCGAGCUGGCUGAUCAGGCAUGCAAGGCAAUGCUUCGGCACUGACUUCGCCUUCAUCGGGGGCGAGAGUGCAGGGGCAAACCUGGCCGUUGUGACUACCCUUCGUCUUCUGCGAUCAUCCGUCGCAGAGCACGCCUCCUUCCGGCUAAAAGGGCUGUUGCUGCAUUACGGCUCUUACACGAUGCGGUGGCAACCCGGCACGAAGCUGUUUCGGCGGCACCCAACGCUCAUCCUGGACGAGGAGAUGAUGGACCACUUCCGCGAGGCGUACGUGCCGGGCAUGAAGGACGACGAGCUGCAGCUGACGUCGCUCGACGUGUCGCCGUUCUUCGCCGACCUGACGGGCGUGGACCUGCCUCCGGCGCUGUUCACCGUCGGCACGGAGGACUGUUUGCUCGAGGACUCGGUGUUUAUGAGCGCGCGGUGGAUGAUGGCGGGCAAGGAGGCUGUGUUGAAGAUCUAUCCCGGAAGUCCGCAUGGGUACAUCCUGUUUCCGCCUGAGAAGCAUGAGAAUGCGAAGAUGGCGCUGCAGGAUGUGAAGACUUUUGUCGACAUGCAAUAUUCGUUGGGCGCAACGUUGGAAAGUAAUACUACGGAGAGUGGUACUUCCUGUGUUACGUGCAGUGACAGCAAGGACUGUUGA